AUAUUAUUCCCUAUGUUUUAUGCAUCAAUACAAAAAUCACACUAACUAAGAUGGCUUCUUUUUUCUCAUACUUGCUUGUGUUUUUCUUUGCAUUUCUGAUUCUCAUCCCUCAAGGCUUUGGUAAUGCUCCUAACCAUAAUAAACAUUUACAUCAUCCAUCAUCAACAUAUGUACAUCCUACCACCUUACCCAAACCAACUUACCCUGCCAGUACCAACAUUCCAAAAAAGCAUCCUCACCACCCUCCAAAAGAAGAUAACACUCAUUUCUAAAGUAUGAAAUGAGAGUUAUGAAAUAUAUAUGUACUGAAUAAGUGGUUCUAGUUACCAAGCUGUUUGUUUUCUAUAUAGUAAUAUGUACUCUCCUACUUGGCAACUGUGGGUGGGGUGUUUUUGUGUUUUGUGUGUGUACGUGUCAUGAAUAAAAAUUACUUGACAAGAAAGAGUGCUAUGUACUGCAGAUUAUAAAUAUUUUUAUUUGUGACACCAGAUUAUAAUAAAUAAAUAUUAUGAUUGUGUGAGAUUGAUAGGUUUAAUUGAUUUAUAUAUAUCGAGCAAUUUCAGACCGUAAAUAAGUCUAUAAUAUAAUACUAGUUAUUGCUAAUACUACCUUUUACGUAAACCUUGCUCUUCCUAAAAAUAAAAUAAUAUCAGUCAAACAAUAAAAGUGUGAAGAAACUUGUGAGCAAUUACAUGACGAUGUUGAUUAAUAUCCUCGCAAGCUCCUUUUUUGUGGAUGUUGAUACUCUCAUUUUUUGUGAGAAAUCUUGGUCUACAAUUACAACUAUCAAAGCCAGGCUUUUCCUUUUUAAAUUAAUUUCAGGCCUUAAAGUUAACUUUCAUAAAUGUUUGUUAUUUAGUGUUAAUAUAUCUCUUAUUUGGUUGAAAAUUGAUGUCGGCACAUUGAAAAAGGUUGAAAACACUGGUAAAAGACGUAAAUACCCCGUCGACAGUUAAUUACCGAGGAAAACAACCGACGGCAGUUAACUACUGAGGAAAACUUCGACAGUAAAUUACCGUCGAUUCGAUCCUGAGCAUAUGCAAAACAGAAGCAUCAGUUUUCCCAUUUCAUCUUUUCUCCAAAACUUCUCAAAAUUCACUCCAAUUAAGUUUUGGACGAAAUUCAACUUAAUUAUCUCCAUUUUAUCACAAGCGCUGAGAGAAUAUUAUGAAGGCUACCUUGAUUCUGCUACCAGAUUGUCGGAUCCACAGAAUCUAGGGGAUCCACAAGAGCUGGAAAAGAUUAGGACUACUUGUGUGAAAUGGUACCUCCUAUAUUUGGUUGGAUGCUUGUUGUUUGGUGAUAAAAGCAACAAACGCAUUGAGUUGGUCUAUCUGACGACCAUGGAGGACGGCUACGCGGGGAUGCGUAAUCAUUCUUGGGGAGGGAUGACAUUAGCAUACCUAUACCACUGUCUAUCUGAGGUCUCUUUACCUGGAGGUGGAGCUCUUGAGCGAAGCGUGACACUGGUCACUGCUGGAUGGUUUUUGUGUCACUUGCCGGAGCGGGGUCUGAGAUAGUACGGCUAUGUUCAGACCGUUCCCAUACCUCCUACGACGAUUGAGCCUCUUGAGCCAGCGGAGGUGGUUACGGCCUUCUUGGAGUUUGCUCUCCAUGUCCAAAGCCAGCAAGAGAGGGGUGAGUCGGUCCCGGAGGACGAGGGGCAUAAGCAUUCAAAGGGGUACAUGAAAUGAUUCUACCGUGUAUCCCAUCUUCUUAUGAUCGCCCCUGCUGCCGUUCCUGAGGACCACAGUUCCUAGACCUCCCUAUGAGGAGGUUAUUGUUGAGCAGCGGUGGGCCGGACAUCCUCCCGACCCAUACCAGAUGAUCAUCCAAAAUGUCAGAGUCGUAGUUAACAGCGCUAUGGAGGGGAUUCCUGAAGUGUAUUCAAAUCUUGUUGUUGUCCGCUUUAUUGAGACCAUCCAGCACCAGUAUCGCGUGUUGGAGGAGGUGCCGACUCCGCGGAGGAGGAGGAGGACACGGAAGUAGUAGGCUCUUAAAAAAAGCAUACUGUCUCCCCACCACCACAAUGAAUAUUGCCUAAAAAUAAUUCCGAUAUAUACAUCCACCUCCACUUAUAUUGAGUUAGACCAAAUCAAAUAAUUGCAAAAAAAAAAAAGUAAUCCUAAUCCACAAUCAAUAUUACCGAUAUAUUAGGCUUUUUGAAAGUUUGAUUUGCUUUGUGACGUGUAGCUUAAUCCGUAAGCAUAUGGAAAUCUGACGUAUUUCAUUAAUAAUUGUACCCUCCCACUCACCAUUGUCUCUAACUAGUAUAAAACAUUAUAUUAUUCCCUAUGUUUUAUGCAUCAAUACAAAAAUCACACUAAGAUGGCUUCUUUUUUCUCAUACUUGCUUGUGUUUUUCUUUGCAUUUCUGAUUCUCAUCCCUCAAGGCUUUGGUAAUAAUCCUAGCCAUAAUAAACAUUUACAUCAUCCACCAUCAACAUAUGUACAUCCUACCACCUUACCCAAACCAAUUUACCCUGCCAGUACCAACAUUCCAAAAAAGCAUCCUCACCACCCUCCAAAAGAAGAUAACACUCAUUUCUAAAGUAUGAAAUGAGAGUUUUGAACUAUAUAUAUGUACUGAAUAGGUGGUCCUAGUUACCAAGCUGUUUGUUUUCUAUAGUAAUAUGUACUCUCCUACUUGGCAAAUGUGUGUGUGUGUGUGUUUGUGUGUGUAUGUGUCAUGAAUAAAAAUUACUUGACAAGAAAGAAUGCUAUGUACGUACUGCAGAUUUUAAAUAUUUUUAUUUGUGACACUAGAUUAUAAUAAAUAAAUAUUAUGAUUGUGUGAGAUUGAUAGGUUUGAUUGAUUUAUAUAUAUCGAGCAAUUUCAGACCGUAAA